GCGAGCAACAGCCGGAAGCAAACUAAGCGAGCGUUAAUAUUAAUUACGUACGAAAAAUAAGUACACAACGCUAUAAUAUAACUGGUUUCCUCGAGAAACAGCCAACUGAUCAUACGGCGUAUACAUGUAAACCGAAACGGGGGGAAAACGACUCUCGCAUCUUUAUUCGUAUAUUAUUCGUAUACUAGUCAAAAGUAAAGCACCGGUCAAUGGUAGGCUGAAAGACCGAUGCAUCGCGGAACGAAAGUGAUUGCGUAAACUACAUAUGAAAACCGGUAUAUCCGUGGAUCGGUGCAACGAGAAAAGGAAGAAAUGUUCACAGUUCGGUAGGAGACAUACUGUGUGCGUGACGGCGAAAGUGACGCACGUGUGUUUCUCGUUCUAUACAUAUUUCAACGGUUUUCAUCCUCUUUUCUUCUUCGGUCUCCUGAUUGUGAUUGUGUCGCGUUGGAGGAAUUUAUCGGGCAGAGGUCAUCGAGACGGGUAAAACGAAAUCGGGGAAACGCGUUAUCGAUGACCCGUUGCUUUUCUUAACAUUCGUUUGACACAACUGUGAACGAGAAAACUCGACGAGUAGCUGCCGUACAAGGAAACAAGGUCCAAUUGAUCGACCGCAGUCGAAGGAGAUGCGCAGGUAUUUUACCACUCUCCAGUACUGUAAAAAAUCUUUCGAACAGAAAAGAAGCAAAAAGUAACGUUCAAAGAAAUUAUGGCGAAGGCGUACGGAGGUGUGUUGAUCGUGGCGGAUGUGCUGCUCCUUCUUCUGAAGAUUCUCUGUUACAUCGUCGAAGGCGUAUACAGAUUGUUCGUACCUGUAGAGGAGAAAAGCGUCGCUGGAGAAAUUGUUCUGGUUACAGGCGCAGGCCACGGAAUCGGCAGAGAAGUAGCGUUAAAAUAUGCCUCUCUGGGCGCUACGGUUGUCUGUUGGGACUUGAACCAACAAGGAAACGAUGAAACCAUCAAUGAAAUUAAGAAACUCGGCGCGUCGAAAGCUUACGGUUACAAAUGCGACGUAUCGAACAGAGAAGAGGUGUUUCAGGUAGCCGAGGUAAUGAGAAAGGAAGUCGGGAACGUGACGAUUCUGAUUAACAAUGCUGGCAUUAUGCCCACCCGUAAUUUGCUGGAUCACACACCUGAAGAAAUUAAACGGAUAUUUGAUAUCAAUGUGAUGGCACACUUUUGGACCUUGCAAGCUUUCUUACCCAGCAUGAUUCAAAAGAAUCAUGGUCAUGUCGUUGCUCUUUCCUCGGUUGCUGGAUUUUUUGGUCUACCUAAUCUCGUUCCUUACUGCGCCUCGAAAUUUGCUGUCAGAGGAUUGAUGGAAGCCCUGCACGAAGAGCUCAGAGUAUCCAACAAGGACAAGGCUUCGAAUAUUAAUUUCACCACGAUUUGUCCGUACAUGGUGAACACGGGUCUCUGCAAGAAACCGAAGAUCAGAUUUACAAGCUUCAUGGCGAUCAUUUCACCGAAAGAUGCAGCUGCUGAAAUAGUUAAAGCACAGAGGCGAAACUACGUGGAACUCUCUAUUCCCUCGUUCUGGGCCUAUAUAAAUGCUUUUUACAGAUGUGCUCCAGAGACGUGCUUACGCAGUACGAUAGACUUCCUAGACGCCGGUGUUGAAGCAGAUAGUUAGCGAACAUUUAAUGUUCCUAUGUAAGUGCCGUGCAAGGAAGUGUUAUAUAACUGUAUAAGCACUCUAUAACGAAAUGUUAAACAAGAAUAUAUUCGCUUACAAUUACGAAUGAUCUUCGUAAACUAUCUAUAAGAAAUAAUUUCUGAUUUAUCACGUGUCGCUUGUCCGUGGUAUUUACUUUGUAUUACCACUACUUUUUAUAAAUCCUAUUUAAAUUUUUACUUUUACGUUUUAUAAAUUUGUAGAUAGUUUUACGGUAUGUGAAGAAGAUAGAACGUUUAACACGAUUAUCUGGUUUUUAUCGUCGUUACCAUAUCUACACCCGUCUUACGAUAUAUCGUAAGAGAAAAAAAUUCUAUGUAUAAUGAUUUAAAUGUAAUCGAGAAAAUAUCUCGUCAUGUUUAUAUGUAACGAUUCGUAUUGCGUCUUCAUCUUCUAACGUAAUAAUAAAUAAAUAUACAAAUA